GCAAAAAAUUCACAAUCGAGUUAUUAAAAAAAAAGUAAUUGCUCUAUGGCCAAUGUUUUGGUUUGUAAACGUCAAGUUGACCGACCAAUCAACCAAAUGUCAAUUUUGAAUUUGAAUCUGCACAUCGUAGUUUAUUUUUCGUAAUAACAUUACAAAAAAACGCUAAUCCAACUAAAAAGUAUAUGCUUAGUGCUAAGAGUUAUACGAAGGAGUUGCAUUUAUUAUCCAACUUUGUUUGGUGCUAUUUAAUAUGGAUAAUAAAAUAACAUUUUUGGAGCCAUCGUUAGAGAAACAACUAAAGGGGCACCGAAAUGGCAUUACGGCUAUUUACUACAGUCCUAGUGAACAGCAGCUUGCAACUAGCUCUUUAGAUAAUAGUGUUCUGCUAUGGGAUCUUCGUGGAACUAUGCGGAGCUACAGAUUCCAGGGUCAUGACGAAGCAGUCAUGGAUGUUACGUUUUCCCCCACUGGAAAAUACAUGGCUUCUGCGUCACGCGAUAAAACUGUUCGUCUAUGGGUACCUACAGUUACUGGUAGUACAGGUGUCUUCAAGGCGCAUUCGCAGACUGUACGCUCUGUUCAGUUCAGUCCUGAUGGUACCAAGAUUAUAACAGCAUCAGAUGACAAAAUAGUAAAGCUGUGGUCAAGUGAUAAACACAAGUUUAUUGCAUCUUUUGUUGGUCAUACAAAUUGGGUGAGAUGUGCCAGAGUAUCCAAUGAUGGCUCAGUGAUUGCAUCAUGCUCUGAUGACAAAACAACCAAGCUAUGGAACCCCGACACAGGGGAAUGUGUUCAUACAUACAAGAACCAGAAAGGACAUGGGUUAUACUUGGCUUGGCACCCCUCUGGCUGUUACAUUGCAAUAGGCACAUCUCAGGGCAAUAUUAAACUUUAUGAUAUCAGAACACACAAUCUGGUACAGUAUUAUAGUAUCCACAAUGAUGCUGUCACCCAAUUGGCUUUCCAUCCCAGUGGAAGCUAUAUUUUAUCAUCUAGCAAAGAUGGAAAAAUGAAGAUAUUAGAUUUAUUGGAAGGCCAUCCAAUUUUUACCCUGAGUGGUCAUAAUGGUUCAGUAAAUGCUGUGAACUUCUCACCAACUGGCAAUAGUUUUGCAUCAGCAGGGAAAGAUAAACUGGUGUUUGUAUGGAAAACAAACUUUACUGAGUUUGCAUCAGAGUCUAAAGAAAAUGUUGCUCAAAAUCAGGCUUCUGCUCCAAGAACAACAUCUCAGAGCUCAAAACUUACUUCAGCUUCUAGAGGGAGAAAUCAGGGCAUAAGGACUUGGUAUCAGUGCUACCACAGCACCAAGUAUCCUGUGACUACAUUUGUGCACCUUGAUGACGCGUCAGAUUCGCCCCAGGAAUCUGGGAGGUUUUCCAGCUUCCAUGAAGAGCCAAAUGCUAAUAGUACAAUGAUUGAUGCAAGUCCUAUGAAUCCUACUGGUUUGUCAACUUCUUUGCCAGACAAUUCAACUAGGCUUUCUGCCAACAAUUCCUCAGUGCGAUUUGAUGCUCCUGUUGAUGAAGGUUAUAGUGUUGGCCACAUGAGUCACAUUCCUCGAACCCCUCCCAGUCCUGCAACCUAUACAAUACCUUCAAUUAUAAAUCAUUCAAUUGGAACUGCAGUAGAGAAUGAUGAAGACCUAUUUGGAAUGAUAAAAUUAAAAGAAAAUGAUGUUUGUUACACCAGUGGCACUAUAGAGUGGGUUGGAAGAAAGAGGACAUUUCCUUUGAACAGUGGGUUCAAAAUACUUCAUGAAACCCAUACACAUAGCAAGACUGAACCAGCCUUGAAGAAAGUGAAAAGGAUGAAUAAUACUUUCACUGGUAGAGCAGACAAAAUAAAAGAAUGUGAUUGUGCUGAUGUUCUGCCCACUGUCAAUGCUAUUGUUGACCACUUGAAUGCACUGCAUGAGGCAGUAGACCUUGUGGAUUUGAGGCUAAACACAUUAGAAGAUAAUUUGAGUAAAAGUGAACAAGGAUGAUCACUAGUUUAAUUUUUAAUUAUCGUUUAUUUUAUUAUAAUUAA